AUGGCCAAGAAGCAUGGUAUUGAAAGAGAGCUUAAUCUCCCUCAAAACAGAGGAAAACAACCCACUGAUAAACUUCAGUAUUACGUUCGUAAGAGUCCUGUUGUACGUGAGGACAUGAGCUAUGUGUUUUGCACCAAAGAAAAGCUUGAUAGAUUAGAAAGCGCCAUGAAAGAUCUCAUGGUCAAGAAGCAUGGUAUUGAUAGAGUGCUUAAUCUCCGUAAAAACAGAGGACAACAACCCACUGAUGAACUUCAACACUGGCUUCGUAAGGUUGGAGAAAAAGAUGAGAAGGUAACACAAUUGUUGGAUGAAUAUAGCAAAAGUUGUUGUGUUCCAGGCCCUUGUUGUCUGAAUUGUAUUUCAAGGUAUAGCAUUAGCAGAAGUGCAAUCAAUUUAUUAGAUGAAAUAACUCAGUUGAAAGGAGAACAAUCAAAAGUCUCAUUCAUAGAGCAAUCGCCUCCUAAACCAGUCCCUGAAUCAUCUAAAAUAGUGGGGGAAAAAAUCGUCUCCAACCUUAAUGUUGCUUGCAGUUACCUGACAAAGGAAACAAACGAUAUAAUUGGCAUAUGGGGCAUGGGGGGUGUGGGCAAGACCACACUUUUGAAAAAAAUCAACCAAGAAUUGUUAGAUAAUGCAAACAUGGGAUUUGAUCAUGUGCUAUUUAUUGAAGCUUCACAAUAUACUCAGUUGGAAGAACUUCAGAAAGAGAUUGCUACAAAAUUGCAUUUGUCCUCUGAUGCUUGUCAACAAGACAUCUUCAAUGCCCUAAAAACUAAGAAUAUUGUAUUGCUCUUGGAUAAUAUAUGGGAGCCAGUAAACCUUGUUCGUCUUGGAAUUAUCAAUCCUUAUAUGGGCGAUAAUGGUUCUAGCAAAGCAUACAAAUAUAAAGUGAUGUUCACUACUCGAUCAGAAGAUGUGUGUGCCCGGAUGGAGGCAAGCAAAAGAAUUAAAGUGGAAUGCAUGGAACCAGAUGAAGCAUGGGCUCUUUUCAAGCACAAUGUUAAUCUACCAGUUAUUGAGUCAGAUGAAAAUUUCAAGAAAGUAGCAAGGCAAGUGAUGAACAGGUGUGGUGGUUUGCCACUUGCUCUGCAAGUGGUCGGUAAGGCCAUGUCUAACAGAAAUACUGUCCAAGAGUGGCAAGAUAUUUUGAGCUCACUAAAGAAUUCAGGUAUUGAAGUAGUUCAAGGCGGGCAGGAAUCAUUACUUCAUAUUUUGAAAUUCAGUUAUGAUAAUCUACCUAGAAAUAUUCAGGAGUGUUUCUUGUGUGCUUCCAUUUUUCGAUGGCAAUCAAAAGAUGAUGUAUUAGAAUGUUGGAUGGGUUUAGGCCUGAUCGGUGAUUUUGUCAAUUUACAACAAGCUUAUGGCAAAGCAAGACAUAUCUUUAAGAAUCUAGAGGAAUCAUGUUUAUUGCAGUAUUCUUCUGAUGAUGAUUAUGUGAGGUUACAUGAUGUAAUUUAUGAGAUGGCAGUGUGGAUAGCAUCAGACUGUGGGAUGAACAUGAAUAAAUGGAUAGUGAAAGAAUAUGGUAGGUUCCCAGAUGAAAUAGCAUCAAUCAAUGCAGAGAAUUGGAGAUUCGCGAACCGAGUGAUUAUAAGUGGAAAGAUGGAGCUUUUGCCAAUUUUGUCUCAUCAAUGUUCUGAUUUGUUGUGUUUAAUGAUUACAAAUAAUCAUAAUUUGGAAAAUAUUCCUGAAGGAUUUUUCAGACAGAUGCCAAAUUUGACAUAUUUGGAUCUUUCAGGCACUCCUAUCGAAGAGCUUCCAAAGGGCAUCUAAUGUUUGGUUAAUUUGCAAUACCUAAAUAUUUCUUCCACAUGGAUCUCAUCACUUCCAAAGGAGUUGAAAUAUUUGAAAAAAUUGCAAUAUCUAUUAUGCAGAGAUACAAGGCUGAGCAAGGUAGAGGAUUGUCUCAUGUCAAGAUUACAGAAUUUGAGGGUCAUUGACAUAUAUACGUAUGGGUGGGUAGAACCGGAAGAGAUAAAGCUAUUGAAGAAACACAACAACAUCAAAGCAAUAGGAAUGCGUGUAGUAUCAGAAGAGGUUCUCCAACAACUCUCAUGUUUGCCAACUACUCGCCUUUAUCUAGCCGAUGUGGAUAACUUGAUCUCUCUUUCAUUUGAUACUUUAAGCUGCAAAGAUAAUGAAUUCUUGCAGGAACUAAAUAUUAAAUCAUGCCCACAUCUUGAGCAGAUUUUGAUGAAUGGAAGUGGGAGUCAUCUCAAUAAGGUCAAAAUAUUUGAUGUCAGAAAACUGCAGAACAUUACUUGGGAGUCAUCUGAAUUCUUGCAAGAACUACAAAUUGCUUCAUGCCCACAACUUGAGCAGAUUGUGAUUAAUGGAAGUGGGAGUCAUCUCAAUAAGCUCGAAAUCCAUGAUGUCGGAAAACUGCAGAUCAUUACUUACAAGUCAUCUCAAUCGCCUCCAGAAUUUUUUCAUGUAUUGAAGGAGUUAUAUAUAUUAGAAUGUAAUUUGGAUAAUUUAGCUUGGGUCCUGCAUCUCCCAUGUCUAUCUUAUUUAAAUAUAAAAGAUUGUGCAAAGAUAGAAACAUUGUUUUACAUUGAGGAGAGAGAAAUCCAACAAGAAGUUUCAGAACACCGCCCAAUAUUCCCUGCAUUGAAAUCACUAGUUAUCACUAACCUACCAAAAUUAGUAAGCAUAAGCAAUUUUGUAUUGGAUUUCCCUCGACUUACAAUGCUUCAGGUAUCUUCUUGUGAAAGGAUAGAAACCUUGUUUUACAUCAAGGAGAGAGAAAUUCAACCACAAGAAGUCUCAAAACGCCUUAGAUUCCCUGCAUUGGAUAUUCUAAUGAUAGAUAAUCUGCCAAAAUUAGUGAGCAUAAGCAUUUUUGAAUUGGAUUUCCCUCGGCUUAAUUUUCUGACAAUGGGUCGAUGUCUUAAUAUGAAAAAGUUACCAUUCAAGAGUGGCAUUAACAACAACAAUCAAAGAAUGCCAUACAUUUUAUGUGAGAGAGAAUGGUGGGAAAGCUUAGAGUGGGAUGAUGCCACCAUCACAUCUCACUUUCAGACAUAUUUCCACCAGUAUGUCGGCGUCAUCGUCAUCUUCCUUUCAGUUUUAUCCUCAAGGAAACUCUGGCUCGAUGAGUUUGCUGAUAUGCUCCGAAGCUUCAUGGAGUUCCUCACUGGGUUUUCUGAGCACCUCCCUUUCACGAUUGACCGUCAGACAAUCUGA